AUGAGCGUCAACACCCCCGUGAGGCUGAUAUUCGAGAGUCUCAAAGGAUCAUGGCGGCUGAAGCGCUCGCUCAACAGCGUCCUGGCCGGCUUUCCGUCUGGCAUCUUCGAGGGCAGCGCAACUUUCAAACCCCGAGCGAAUGCGCAUUCCGAGCUCCUCUACUCUGAGCAGGGCGAGCUGAAAAUGGAUAACGGCGUCACGCUCACCGCGAACCGGAAAUAUGUCUACCGAUACAGCACCGACGAGGAUAAAAUCAGCGCCUGGUUUGUGACGGAGGAGUCGAAGCAAAAUGAUGGGCGAGAGGAACUCGAUUACCUCUUCCACGACCUUGAACUAGAGCAGGUCGACGGCGGGUGGGUCGGACGCGGGGAGCACUUGUGUGAGAUGGACGCAUACUGGGCAUUUUACGACUUCAGGCCUUCGAAGUUGACGACGGAGCUGGCCAAUAAGGCGGUGGAUGUCUUUGGAGUCAGAUAUAAGGUGAAGGGCCCGCAGAAGGAUUACACGAGCGACACAGCGUAUCAAAGGGUGCUUGAGUGA